AUGGAGUGCGCAAGGCAGUAUACAGAGGCCGAGUUUCUCGAUCAUUAUUCGAGGAUGGCAUUAAAGUAUCCUGCUGUGACAGAUUAUCUAGAAAGGCGUGUAGAAGUAUCAAAAUGGGCCAAGUGCUAUUUUCCAGCAGAGAGGUACAAUCUAGAUACUAGUAACGUUGUACAGUCUUUGAAUAGUGUGUUUAAAGAUGCAAGGAAGCUGCCAUUAUUACCUAUGAUAGAUGCGAUUGUUGACAAGUUGUGUGAAUGGUUUAACAAGCAUAGGAACGAGGCUGCUUCAACGCCACCAGGACGCAAACUGGUUGCCUUUGUGGAAAAUAUUUUUCACAGUAGAUGUGCUGAAUCUAAGAAGCUAGACAAGUAUCCAUGUGUCCAUGCAUUAGCCGCAUUAGAAGCUUACAUGAAGCGGCCAGACAGAGAAGUGGAUAUAAACGUGGAGGACUUGUGUUCGAUGUAUUAUUUAACCGAGCAGUGGGCUUUUGCUUAUAACAGAACCAUCUAUCCUGUUCCACAUAAGUCACAAUGGGUUGUCCCCGAUGAUGUUAAGCAAUUGAGCGCUUUGCACCCCCGGUUUACGAGCCAAAAAGGUGGGCAAAACAGCAGAAAAGGCGUCCAUCUGUUGGAGAGCGUCGACCGAAGUCGAAGAGGACGAAGACGAUACAAAAUUUAUAGCUAUAUUACUGGAGGUGAAAACGCUGGAAGUGAAAACGCUGGAGGUGAAAAUACUUGA